AUUACAGGCUCCUCUUUUCUUUGGGGCUGCGUAAACUUUUCAGAAGCUGACUAGGCCAAAGAAGACUCGGUCCAAUUAUUAGAAAAUGGCUGCAAUUUGCAGAUACAUUCUAGGAGCAAUUACUAGUAUUUAAUACCCUGACCAGCAGCUCAGUUGAUAUACUUGUAAAUCAAAUCUCUUCAUUCACAAAUCGAAUCGGAGAUGGCUGUUUAUGCUGCUGUAACUUCUCUGAUGGGAACAGUGCACCUGAUUUCGCAAUCCAGCUUAGACCUUCAGGAGGGUAACAAAGAACAUUUGGAAUCACUCUACGACAAGGUUGGUUCUCUACUAGAGUUUCUUGACAAUUCUGAUAAUGAACUGCAGAAAAAGGUGAAAGAUCUAGCAAACGAAGUAGAGGAUGAAGUCGAAUCGGAGAUGGCUGUUUAUGCUGCUGUAACGUCUCUGAUGGGAACAAUGCACCUUCUUUCGCAAUCCAGCUUAGACCUUCAGGAGGGUAACAAAAAACAUUUGAAAUCACUCUACGACAAGUUUGGUUCUCUACUAGAGAUUCUUGACAAUUCUGAUAAUGAACUGCAGAAAAAGGUGAAAGAUCUAGCAAACGAAGUAGAGGAUGAAGUCAAACCACAAGUUGUGCGGAUUAUGGAGAAAAAAGAGGCAAAUGAAAGGCUUCGUAAGAUUUUGGAACAAGCUAUAAAAGACAUCGCAAACGAAGUAGAGGAUGAAGUCGAAUCGCAAGCUUUGCGGAUUAUGGAGAAGGAAGAACAUAUUCGAACAGAGGCAAAUAAGAGGCUUCUUAUAAUCUUGAAACAAGCUAUAGAAGACAUCGAUUCUGUGAAGGAAGAGCUCAGCAAGCCGAGGAAGAAUAACAAGCUGCAAGCUGGAAAUGGUUCGGUUGGUGGUACUUGUUCACCACGAUCGCUUGUUUCAACCCUUGAGAAUGACAUGGUGGGGCACAGCGAUGAGCAAGACAUGGUGGGGCACAGCGAUGAGCAAGACAUGGUGGGGCACAGCGAUGAACAAGAGAGAGUGCGGGGUGAGCUUACCGGGGACUCAUCUCAACUGGAAGUCAUCUCCAUUACUGGGAUGGGAGGCAUAGGCAAGUCAACUUUUGCCAAAAAGAUGUUUUCCGAUCCCUCAAUUGUGGGAUUCUUCAAUGUUUGUGGAUGGAUUACUGUGUCCAAGGACUACAGUUUAAAAAAGAUGCUUCUAUCCCUCCUUCAAGACGCUAUUGGCGUGAAUGAACAGCUUGAUGAGAAACCCGAUGAUGAACUAGCUGAUUGCUUGCAGAAAAGUCUCAAGAAAAGAAGGUAUUUGAUUGUUGUAGAUGACAUAUGGAGCAUAGAAGCCUGGGAAGAUAUCAGACAAUGGUUUCCAGAACAUAACAAUAGAAGCCGAAUACUGUUGACUACUCGGAUCACGGAGGUUGCUCGAGAUGCUAGCUCUCCUAAGAAGCCUUUUCAAAUGCGUUUCCUAGAUCCAGAUGAAAGUUGGAAUUUGUUUUGCCAAAAGGCGUUUGGCAAAAAUGAUUGUCCAGCUGAAUUUGAGAAUGUCGGAAAGGUAAUUGCAGGAAAUUGCAACGGAUUACCACUAAUGAUUUCUGUGGUUGCAGGGUCUCUUUCUAGCGAGAAGAUGCUGCGCAAGUGGCAUGAAGUAGCUCAAAGUGUAAGCUCAUUAGUAAACCUUGAUGAAUAUCAACGUUGCUCAGGAGUGCUCGCUUUGAGCUACAAUCAUCUUCCUUCCCACUUGAAAGCUUGCUUUCUGUAUUUCGGAGUUUUCAAAAAAGCUAGUGAAAUUUCUGUGGAAAACUUGAUUAGAUUAUGGAUGGCAGAAGGACUCUUUAAGCUGAGGGGGAUUGGGGAAUUGGAAAAAGAAGCUUCUAGUCUACUACAUGAUCUUAUUGAUAAAAGUCUAAUUGUUGCUUGCAAGCAUAGUUUGGAUGGCAAAAUCAAGACAUGUAGGAUUCAUGAUCUUCUCCAUGAUUUAUGCUUGAGUGAAUCGGAAAGUGAGAAUCUUUUGUAUGUUUCAAAUCCCCCAACCAAUGUUCGUCAACAUCGUCGGUGGGUUUCAUUUCAUCAAAAGCCGAUGCAAGAUUAUUUUCCUCUUCCCUUCCCUACUUAUGGUAAAACACGUUCUCUUCAUUUUCUUGAGGUAAAACCGUCUUAUUUUAGAUAUGAAUUAGGAUUAGACCGUUUCAAACUUCUUAGAGUAUUGGACUUACUGGGAUUGGGCCUGAUACAUUUCCCUAAGGGAUUAUCAAACCUAGUUUCCUUAAGGUAUUUGAGGGCUGGGUUCAUCAGUGGAUAUCUACCAAUUUAUAAACUUCAGAAUUUACAAUUUCUUAGUUUUCGUGAUGUUUAUAAGUAUACACCCGUUGAUCUUUGCUUACCAGAUGGAACCUGGAAAAUGUCUCAAUUGAGGCAUCUCGACUCUGCAUUUUUUUAUUUGUGUCCUCCUCCAAAGGUAUCUGGCAAUAAGUACCGGGUUUUGGAACACUUGCAAAGCGUUCAUGGGCUGAGACCUGAAUGUUGCACAAAAGAAAUGUUUGAAGGGAUUAAAAAGGUGAAAAAAUUGGGGAUUUGUGGCCGGGCUAGUCACUUCAAGGAUGCGCCAAAAAAAUUCCUAAAUAAUCUUAUAUAUUUACCUGAGCUAGAAGCACUUAGAAUCUCAUUAUACGACCGUUCCAGCAGUGAUUUCCUUCUUAGGCAGCCAGUUCCAUGUGUGGGUUCUUUCCCACCGAAUCUCAAGAAGCUGACACUUCAAGGAACUCGUCUAUUAUGGUCGCAACUGACAGUCAUUAGCAAGUUGCCCAACCUCGAGGUGCUCAAAUUGAAGGCAUUAAAGUUGUUUGGAAAUGAGCUUGGAGAAACUGCCUGGGAAGUAUCAAAGAUUGAAUUUCCUAAACUGAAAUUCUUGCUCAUAGAGAAGAAGGGUCUUGAAUACUGGACGGCCGAAGAUGAUUCUUUCCCAUGCCUUGAGCGCGUAAUUAUCAAAAACUGUCCUUCCUUACAAAAGAUCCCUCAAGGGUUUGCAGAUAGUAUGACACUGCAGCUAAUUGAGUUACGGGGAUGUUCUACUUCCCUCGUGAAUUUCGCUAGGGAGAUCCAAGAAGAGCAACAACAGCGUUUGGGAAACAACAUACUUCAAGUUUAUGCCUAUGACAUAAUUACAGAAGCUGGUGAUAGAAGCUAUUUUGGUUUACUUAAAAACUGGUUGCGGAAGAUGAUUGUGUCAUUGUGUGAAAAUGAGUUUUAAGCGAGACUCGUGAACGAAAGUUUUUUUCGUUUAGUUUAAAGCUGGUUUCCUCAAGGAAUUUGCAGAUCGUUUAAACAUGAAGAAGUAAACAAAUGAAGCCAAGGACAUUCAACAUCUACUAUAUCCAUCAAAAAUAAGUUUCAACUUCAUAUAUACCGUGCAAGUCUCCAUCGGUACAGGUUUGGUUGAACUCCCUUACUCUGGCAUUGCCCCUGGUGGAAUUACACUGGAUUGUUAUUGUUGUUCUUGUUUUUGUAUCUCAUAAAAUGGGGUUGAUUUUAUCAUCAAUUCUCAAACUAGAAUAUGUAAUAGUUCAUUUGUACUUUUACCCCUAUUUUGUGAUGCUCUUUGAGCAAAUAAUUUUUUUGCGAGAUAUAAGUUUAUAUUUUCAUAUGAUAAUAUUCUACAAGUAA